UUGACAUCAAAAGCAUCUUAACCAUCAAAAGUGUUGCACGCAACAUCCGUGGAUAUAAGAAAUCAAUUAUAAUAAAAGGAUUAAAUCGGUCGUGUUUUACGAAAAAAUAAAAUAAAAAAAUAAAUCAAUAUGAAAGUGUUUGCCAUAACUACAGUUUGUUUAUUGGUUGCCAGCUGUGCCUGGGCUGCUCCAAGUGUACAAGAUAAUCAAAUCGAAAGUGAAUCAACCUUCACACGUGCCGCUCGCUAUUUGGGCUCAUGUUUCGAAAGUGAUGAUAUGACCACUUGUUUGGCUGUUAAGGGUAUUACUGCUCUUAAUCGUGCUGCCAGAAGUAAUAAUAUCGAAUUGGUCAAUGGUGUUACAUUCAAAAGAGAUCCUGCCAGUCCUGUACAACGCAAUGGUCGUGCUCUCAGCGAAACUGAUGUUCUCUCUCAAUUGCCCGAAAAUGCUGACGAACGCACUGGUCAAUUGAUCGAUAUGGCCGUCGAGAGCGCUUCUGAAUUCUUGGGUAGCCAUAAUCUUGAAGUGAAAGUCCCCACCGAAGCUACCCAAGAAAUUGCUCGUGCUUUGGAUGAAGGCCGUGGUAAAUUGAAGAAAAUGGUUGGCCCAAUUGCUUUGGCUAUUGGUGCUAAAUUGUUCGCUUUGGUACCUCUUUUGUUGGGCGGUUUGGCUUUGUUGACCACUAAGGCCAUCAUUGUUGCUAAAAUCGCUUUAUUCUUGGCCAUUUUGGUUGGGGGUUCGAAAUUUUUCGGCGGUUUAGGUAACAAAUUCGGUGGUUCCUUAGGCGGUGGCUACAGUGCCAAUGGUGCUGGUUGGUCCGCAGGUGCUUCUAACGCUGGUUGGUCCUCAGGUGCUUCUUCUGCUUAUCCCUAUGCUCGCAGCAUCAACGUCGAUGGUGAUGCUCAAGAAUUGGCUUAUGCUGGUCAAGUUAAUGCUCAAUAAUUCGAUUAGUUAAAUGAAAAUUAAAAACAUAAAGUUAUAAUUUGUAAAUUUAAUUAAUUCUAUAACCAACGCAUUUAACAUGCCCAACCAAAUGUGCCUUUUGUUAAGACGUAACAAACAAACACUUUAGUUAGUAGUAAUUUAUUUAAACACAAAAACAAAACCCACAUAAAUUAUUUAAUUUAUUGUAAUUUAUUUAAACA